UGGCCAGUUAUCAGUACAGGAGUAAAAGCAAAGGCUUGUCAAACAUCUGGCAAGUGCAGCCAGUGCAAAGCCAAAAGCACGGGACAGUAAACUAAAAUCUCUACCAUGGUGAACAGGAGGCGAAAUGGGUCCCGUGCUAAUGGUCGUGCUGCUCGAGGAGGGCUUCAAACACAGCAAGAGCAGCAACGCAAACGGCCACCAAUUAAGGCUCUUAGAGAACCAGCCAUCUUUGCAAAAAGAUCAGGCAGCGCCUCGGACACCCCACAUGACAAAGUGACUUUAGCCCAGGCUCGCCGUGGCACACCAGCUCAUCGACCCGUACGAGUGUACGCCGAUGGAAUCUAUGACCUCUUCCAUUCAGGCCAUGCCCGGGCUCUGAUGCAGGCCAAGAACUUGUUCCCAAACACACAACUGAUUGUUGGCGUAUGCAGUGAUGCCCUGACACACAAGUAUAAAGGCUAUACAGUGAUGACAGAGGAUGAACGUUAUGAAGCCCUUAUACACUGUCGUUAUGUGGACGAGGUGGUCCGUGAUGCUCCUUGGACCAUCACUUCUGAAUUCCUGAAAAAACACAAGAUUGACUUUGUGGCACAUGAUGAUAUCCCAUACACCUCUGCUGGAUCAGAAGACGUCUAUAAACAUAUCAAAGAAGCAGGAAUGUUUGUGGCUACUCAAAGAACGGAGGGGAUCUCUACCUCCGAUCUCAUCACACGUAUUGUUCGAAACUAUGACGUCUACGUCAGACGUAACCUGCAGAGAGGAUACACAGCACAGGAACUCAACGUUGGCUUCAUCAAAGAGAAGAAGUUUCGUCUACAAGAGCAGGUGGACAGAAUGAAGGAGACGGUGAGGACGGUGGAGGAGAAGUCCAAACAUUUAGUGCACCGCGUCGAAGAGAAGAGCCACGACCUCAUCUACAAAUGGGAAGAGAAAUCUCGCGAGUUCAUCAGAAACUUCCUGGAGUUGUUUGGUCCAGAUAAAGCCUGGUACAUGAUCCAGGAGAGGAGUGGCCGUGUUCUCCAGGCUCUGUCUCCCUAUCAGUCCCCAAGCACAUCGCCCAGCUCCAGUCCCACCAGAGGACGCUCUACAUCGCCCGUCACCCACUGGCCCCUGCUACGCUUCCGUUCACCACCGCCUAAAGGAGCUUCUGUCAGCAGCAGUGAGGGUGACGAAGGGGAAAUGUAGAUGCCCUUAAAUGAAGUCACCCUUACGUUUAAUUUUCUGUAUUUUAUGAAUAAUACAGAUCUGCAAAUGCAUGCUUCUCAAAGUCAACACAGACUUUAUAAUUCUAUAUAAUUUUU